AAGCUACUCAGCUAUUACGCCACCCCCAAGAUUGAUCGGUAAGUUAACCUCAAAGGACCAAUCGGCAAGGAGCUGACGUCUAUCUCUCUCCCACAGGCUGAUUUACACACGACAAACUUCCACGUGUUAAAUGCCAGAAAAAGCAGCCCCUUCCUUUGGGGCUUUUUUCUACGGCUUAUUUUCUACCAGCAGUUGCAGUUCGAGGACUUGGUCGCACACGAAACACGUCACUGGCAGGGGUCCUUCCCACGAGGGAAAAGCAGACUGUUUUCCCACGAACGAGACUAUCUCAAUCCGGACUUCCAGAGCCCGAACACUUGCCGGGUCUAUUCCGGGUCGAUACCACACAUCCGCGGAAGACGGAACUCAGAUGCACGGAAACUCUUUGGACUGGAUACAAUUGCAUGUCAGCAGCACUUUGCCGAACGUGUUGGUGAAUCGCCACCGCGAGACUCUUCGUGUCGGAACGAAGCCUGCUGGGCUUCUACGCAGGUCACUAACGAGCACAUCACCGGCAGGAUCCGGAAGUCCGGUGCCCGAUCCUGUUAGGUUCGCCAAGGCAGUCGGCGCACAGAAUAAGAACAUCACCGCCAGGAUCCGGAAGUCCGGUGCCCGAUCCUGUUAGGUUCGCCAAGGCAGUUGGCGCACAGAAGGAGAACAUCACCGUCAGGAUCCGAAAGUCCGGUGCCCGAUCCUGUUAGGUUCGCCAAGGCAAUCGGCGCACAGAAGGAGAAUAUCAUC